CAGCAACUGAGGCAAUGGAGCACCGCCAUGUUGUGUGGAAGGUGCGACGGUUAACAGACGAUUUAUAUUUUCCCGGAUAUAUUCUUUGUUGUGUAUCGUUAUCGAUGGAAUUUCUUUAGAAGCUGUAGACAUAGAUGAAGAGGACCAGUCCUGUACAAACCCUUGCUUCAUUGGCAACAACAAUAGCCAACACCAACUUCAAUCAAGUUCAUUAUCGUCAUCUUCAUCGUUAUCUUCGUCAUCCUCGACCAACAGUCUGUUUACAACAACCAGUAUUCCAACAUUAUCAUCAUCUACAGUCAACUUUGUCACUGCCAACACUUUGUACAACACGACCCUCAAAGCCGGUUUGGUUGGCCCUUCUUCUGCUACUUCAACAACUACCGAUACAUCUCAGACUCCGAACACACCUGACGGAACUAAUAUCAAGACAAGCAACAAUUUCAUCCAAACUUCAAAAGAACCCAAACCCCCAAGUGUCAACCAUACUUUUACCAACGGAAGAAUGGCUGACCAUGUGGGGAUUAACACUGGGACUUCGAAUCCCAAACGAGUCAAAGCUAUGCACAAUUUCAAAGGCUCCAACAAUGAUGAAUUGGUCUUCCAGAAAGGUGAUCUUAUCACGGUAACCCAGGUAGUCGAUGGUGGAUGGUGGGAAGGUACUCUAAAUGGUAAAACUGGCUGGUUCCCAAGUAACUAUGUGAAAGAGUAUAAACCUGAUCCCGUGUCUAGUCCACCAAAACUUACUCCACCUGAUGUCAAAAGUACAUUAGAAAACAACCGAGAAAAUACAAAUUUUUAUCAUAAUGUUGUACUUGAAAAUGUAGUUGAAACAGAAGAGAAACAUGUUGGGGAGAUGCGAACAUUACUUCAGAAAUAUAUUCGACCAUUACGAAACAAUAAUGUAUUAACUCAGGCAGAAUUUAGUCAACUCACUGGUAAUCUUGAAGAGAUUUUUGCUUUUCAACAAAAAUUUUUAUCUUCUUUAGAAGAAGUUAAUACGCUUCCUUCUGUCCAACGACGUAUGGGCGGAGUAUUUAUGGAACAUGCUUCCACUCUAAAAGAACUUUACUUGGUUUACUGUUCUAAUCACCCGUCUGCUGUUGCUAUUUUACAAGCGAAGUGGGAAGAACUUAACAAAUUUAUGGAAUACCUUGGUGCUCCUGUUCCUGGUGCAAUGACCUUAACUACAAAUCUUUCUAAACCAUUCACACGUCUUGAUAAAUAUCCAAGCUUGCUUAGGGAAUUGGAAACUCAUAUAGAGGAAUGUCAUGUUGACCGAGGUGACACUCAGCGAGCUAUUGCAGUUUAUAGAGAUAUAUCAAAUUCCUGUACUGAAGUUAGAAAGCGGAAAGAGAUGGAGUAUGAAAUUAUCCACAGCAGCAUUAAGGGUUGGGAAGGAGAAGAAAUUACGCAACUUGGUGAAGUUGUCUAUUUGUCACAAGUUAAACUAAUUACACUCACUGGUGAAAAAUUGGAUCGCGUAUUUGUUUUAUUCCAGAAUGUACUUGUAAUGUUGUCUUUAGGCCCAAGGUUGAGUGGCUACCAUUAUGAGGGGCAGCUGAAGUUGAGUGGGUUGUCUGUAAAUAAAUCUGAAGUCGAAAAUAUGCCUAAUAGCUAUGAAAUCACUGGUAAUCUCAUCGAUAAACUGACUGUGUUAUGUACCACAAGAAAUGAACUGAACCAUUGGGUAGAAAUGUUGUGUCAACAAAUCAAAAAUUCACAAACAAACAGAUUGAAACCGCAAAGCUUACAGUUGCUGGAAUUAAAGGCUUUGGCUCCAGAUAGUGAUAAGAUCUCAUCUUCACAGCCCAGUAUCAGUAUGCUAACACAGGCAAAAACAGCUAAAAUGACACAGCCACCAUUACAGACCAAAAUGUAUAAAACUUGGAGUAUGUCCUGUUUACGUCCAGCUCCACCCAUGAGGCCUUCUGCAUCAGAAAGAGAUGCUCUGAAAAGUCCGCGCUCAGGAAGAAAGCCAGGAAUGAGAAGAAAACCAGAAAUAAAGAAAAAAGCAAUUAUGGAAGAUUUAAAGCGCUCCCAUUCUGAAGACGAAUACGACUACAGGUGGAAACGAUAUGACCCUGUGAAAUCAGAAGACGACCAGAUAAUCUUGCGAGUAAUUGAAGCAUACUGCACAAGCGCAAAGACCCGACAAACAGUGAAUUCCUGUCUAAAGAAAAACAUCCAAGAGAUGGUUGCUCCAAUUCAGAGAAAUAACAAAUUGCGACUAUGUCCAGUAACUGCUAUGCAGUGGAAACCCAAUAUCAAGGUGCCAGCAGCAAUAUAUAGCCCCCAUGUGCUUAUCGCUGAAGAGGAAAAAAUAAUUGAUGAUGUGGACGGGGAAGAAUUCGUCUUCAAGGAAAAGGGACUGGUUGACACAGUGUACACUUUGAAAGAUCAUCUGAAAGAAUUAAGUCUGGAACAGAAAAAACUUCGCAAAGAUUUGGAUGAAGAAGUAAAAGCAAGAAAGAAACUUGAAAGCAUUUUACCUGUCACUUUGAAGAACGCUGGUCAUACAACCACCUGGGAAGAGAAUAUGACGUAGUUUCGUUUGACUACAUGCAACCUAAUUAUCUGUUGCCUCUCUACUUGGAAUGACUGUGCCUGCUCCUUAUGGCUGUUCCUUUUAGUUUCACUUAUCAGUGUCAUGAUGUUAAUGUUCCUUGCUAAGAUUUUUUUUCAGAUUAAUGUCUGCAUUUAACCACAGCCAACACACACACACACCACACACACACACGCCUACACAAAGACACCAGUGCAUCUGUGUGUACAUGCACAUACACAUGCAUAUAUUUUCAUUGUGUACAUACAUGUGUAUGCAAGUAUUAUGUGCUUGGUGCAUCGAUGAAACUGAAGAAUGAAUUCACAUGGCAGCAGUGUCUUCAAAAAACAUUGCUGUUGAACAAAGUCAUUCUUUACUUUCAUAAAUAUUCCAUGAAUUUAUUUGGAAUUUUUUCCUAUUUUUUUUUUUAUAUCUUGAAAUCUAAAUAAAUAUCUCUUAGCAAUAUUUUUCUUUUAAAAUGUUUGACCCAAUAACUGUUACACUGGCACCACUGCCAGUAUUAAAAACUAUGUAAUCUGAGAAAACUAAACCUUCGGAACUCGUAUUCUUUCUGUAAAAAAGUGUCUGUUGAUAACAAAUAGUACAUUGUAACGGCCAAACAAUUAAGGAAGGUCAGCUACAUUUGUAAGAUUUCCAACCAGAGAUGCAUUGUGUAAUUGGUUAUUGUGAAUGAAAAUUUGUACAUUUUUAAAUCACAUUUAAGCAAUUAUUCAUUAAAAGUACAAAGCAAAUAAAAAUAAUUAAAGAUUU